AUGGCUUGUUCUGUUGCUUCUAUAAUAUUUAUAUUUGGGGGAUUUGUCCAUCAUUGGAAAGAUGUUACACAUUUAUUGGCAAAUGGAUUUCUUGUUUGUGCUAUUGGAAUGGUUCCUUGUGGAGUAUUAUUGUCUGUUACUUCUGUUACUUUAAAGUAUUAUGUUACUUUAAAGUAUUAUUGCCUGUUACUUCAAUUUUAA